AUGAUCAUUAAUCUUGCCGAUCGUCGGCGAUCUUACAGGGUUAACGUGUGGAAACUUACUAAUAUUUGCCUGAAAUAUUUCUUCAGAUUCAAGCCUGGCGUGCCGGCGACUUUGGCCAGAGUUUCCUUGAAAGAUAAGAACUGUCAGGCCAGUCUCGUCGCUUUCCCUUGCUGGUCGCUCCAAGAAGAAGGGACAUGCACCGCAUUCCAAAACGUCGUGGACAUCUAUUUAGAUCCCCAGGACAUCCUGUGGGUGCUGGACACGGGUGUCGUAAACUCCCUCGAAGAAGCACAGCGCAAAUGCCCGCCGAAGGUUGUCGCGUUAGAUGUGAAAACCGGCAAGGUCGUAAAAGUCGUCGACCUGACCGGCCUUACGAGCGCCUCGUCCCGACUGCAGUACGUCGUGGCGGACUACAACCCGGACGGCCGCGUCUUCAUCUACGUGUCCGACGCAGCCUCGCGGGCGAUCCUGGUGUACGACGUGACCUCGGGUCGUGGGUACCGCGUGGUGCUUCCCCAGGCGGUGACCAUGAACUGCAGUCGCCGGGACGUUCUCUACCUCGCCCUGAUGCGCCACCACGACGGUAGCACCUGCCUGAUAUUCACGUACCUGGGCAGCAAUCGCGUGUUCACCAUCCGCACGGAUCACCUCCGAAGUGGCAACGCCCAUGGUAAGAUACACGAUUGCGGCACGAAGCCCAGGAAGAUAGUCAUCCUGGGCACGGACAACGGCAGCGCGCUCUUCUUCCGCUACGAGGGCGACUCCGAGGUCCACAGGUGGGACUCCACCACGCCCUUCGUGCCCGCCAACUUCCAGCCCGUUUACAAGAGCACCGAGUGCUCCCUGGCCACGCAUAUCGUUCCCGAUUACAAGAGGGGUCGGAUGCGCGUCCUCGAGAGCAACUUCCCGGACUACAUGCAGGGCACCGUCGGCUGCGGCGUCAAUCACGCCCUGAACCUCAUAUAGAGCGGGGUGAUGAUCUCGCCGACCGCGAACAAG